AUGGAAGGUCGCUUUAACAGCGUGUGCCCAUAUCAUAUCGGCAAAUGCAAGUGCUCCUUCAAACGCAUUGGCAGAGCAAGACAUCAUGAUGGACUCUCCAAUGGCCAUGACCACGACCGCAGCAAAGCGACAAAUAGCCAAGCUAUUCUCCAUCCCAUCAACCCAGAAGGACUGAUUCCCUUCAGCCAGCCAAACAAUGCGGUCGACACCCGUGUCUCACGCUUGAUCAAGUGCAUAGAAAGGCUUGGAAUGGAUUCCACUCCGAUCGUGUAUCUUCCAAGCCGAAUAGGCGAGAGUGAAAUGCUAGAUAAGGCUGCGGAAGCUUUGAUCCACUUAUCAAUGGGCUCUGGGUGUGGCAGUAACACGAUUAUUCCAACUACCUCAGCACGAAACAAAUACGCCUACGCCCCGUCAGCCGCCGGAAGUGAGAUUGCCCGAGCAUCUAUGACCCUCGCUGCUUGCUCGACGUUUGCUAUUCCUUGCUUCCAAGGGACUCCCUCGCCUUUCGAAGUUGAUCACUGGCUUGUGGCCGAACCUGCAGAUCUUCAUCCUAUGACAUCCGACCUUCGAGCCUUGAAUGUGUGCAGUCAUCAAUUGUCUGUGAGACUGCCGAGACUCAUCGCUCUGAUACGCCAUCUGCGUGGGAAGUACAGUUCAGAUACUCCGCAGCAAGCAAUGGCACUAUCUAAGUCCAUCUAUGAAUGUCGGGAAUCAGCCGCAGAAAGUUGGAUCUUGAACCGCACCAAAGUCUUCUCCCCGAACACAGACAUGGGAACCGCAACUUACAUUCCCACUGCUAUGGCCUUUGCCUCCGCCAGAGAGAUGACUGCAGUGGUUCUGUACUGGCAGAGCCGCAUCGUUGCAACCAGAAUAUACAACACGCUACAGACAUUCCUCAAGACAGGUCUCUGGCAAGACACCGGCACCACCGCCGAAGAGCUACAGCUGGCCAACAAUAUUCUCAUGGCAUGGCCAUACGCCCACUCGACAGGAUCCUGUGCUACGGCCCCGUUCACCAUGGGGUUCAUCUGCGUGUGGCUCGUCUGCAGAAAUAUCACCAACUUUCACGGUCUGCAGACUUCUUGCUUUGCGGACUGGAUCUUGAGAACUCUGGACGUUUGCCACGGAGGCUGUGCCAUCGGAUCGACAAUCAUGGACCUGGACGCUACUUCUGAUGUUCUGGUAGGAGGUCCUUUGAUCGGUCACCUUGCUGAUAUCGUCAAGACGCUACGGUCAGUGUAG